GGCUCCUCAUGGCCUUGGCUAGGGCCACGUGGUCUCCGCCAGGACCUGGGCACAAAAGCCAGUGAUGGCGACCUGGCCCCACACCCCCUUUCUUCCCCUCUGCAGGGGCCCAUCUGUCCCUCCACACACCACCCAGAGGCUUUCUUGGAGUAUCACUCUGUCUCACUGAGCCCUAACGCUCGGCCCACUGGCAGCCCACCCUCUGUAGACCCUGAAUCUUCUACACGCCACUCCCUCCUCAGGGCUCCAGAUCCAGCUGGGACUCCUCACAUCUUUCAGGGAGGCAUUACAAUAUUCUUGUUAUUCUGCAGAGAAAAACUGAAGGACCACAUUCUAAGCAUCCCUCCCUCAGCCCUCCCCUCAGGUUGGGGUCAGUUGUUCUCUGUUCUCCAGCAGCACCCCGUCCUUAGCAUACAGCCAGCCCGUCACACUCACUCUGCAGGUCAAGUAAAAAACCCAGUGACCAGCAGCUUAAGUGAGCUUGGAGGCUGAGUGGGGUCCCUAAACGUCAGCAUGUGUAGCAGCUGGGCUGAGAAACAAGGAAUCAGGAGGCUUACCUUCUGGGAUCAGAUCACAGGGUGAGAGGAGUUCCUAGGGGGUCUCCUGGUCUCCAGACUAGAAUAAAGGGUGGUAGCCAUUUAUGUUCCUCCUCCACAGUGAGGAACAUGAGUGAGGAACAGUGAGGGAUGGCUGGUCCUAUGGAGUUCAUUGGGAACCAAAAGUUAUCCUUUAUAAACUGUUUCCAGAGAGAGGCGAGAUUAGUGGGCACUUUUUGUAACUCAGAAGCAUUAAGGCACACACAUUCACAAACGAAGUUAUAGACAAAUACAAACAGACAUAACAGAAUUCAUACUUGUAAAAACCAAUGAAGAAAAAGCACAAAGAGAGGAGAAUGCCUUGCAUGGGAACGAUAAAUAUCAAAUUCAACAAGAUGAUUAUCCCUAGGGUGAGAAGGAGGGGAAAGGUAGGGAGUGAAGCUUCUAUUUGUAAUGUUUUAGUUCUUAAAAUUCUUUGAAAUAAAUGUGACAGACUAUUGAGAUGAACAGAACUGGUGGCUGGACCAGAGAGACUUAGUAUAUUAUAGUCUGCACUUUUCAGUGUGCUUGAGAAAUUGCUUUAAAAAAAAAAAAUCAAAGGAUAAUGACUUUAGGGAAUCAGUUGAGAUGUAAAGCCAGCAAGGUGGGGGGCGGGGGCGGGGUUAGGGCAAGUGUUUGGGAUCCGGUGGAGGAGGGAUGAGCAGGCAGAUUCAAGCUCCUGAAGGUGGCAGGGGACGUGAAAGGAGUAAGAUCAAAGCACUGUUAGAGUUGAGGGCUGGGCCCAGGGUAGUCCAGAUGUUCAAGGAAGUGAAAGCGCGGGAGAGAGCGGUGAGGGUGUGUGCGUAGAGGGUGUGUACCCUGUAAGCCCCAUAGACGUGGCAGCUCCGGGUAGGGACCCAGCUGAGGCAACAGGCUCUCCUUUGCCCGGCUGGCCGCCAGUCCCAAGAGAGCCUUGCACAGCCGGACAAUGCAUCAGGCUGACCACCAUCCGUGGCUUUCUCCAACUGUCAAUGGCUCAGCAGGGCAGGAGCCCCAGAAGCAGCUUCCAGAGUUGUUGGGCGGGGCCUGGGAACCACGUCCAGGGGUCGGGCUGCCCCUGCUCACCAUCAUCGUUGCUGUCUUUGUCUUGCUGGCAGUCUGUAUCGUGGUGGCCGUCCACUUUGGGCCAAAGCUGCACAAAGGCCAUGCCACUCUCGCCACAGAGCCACCAUCCCCAAAGCCGGAGGGCGGCAUCUACCUCAUCCGCUGGCGCAUGCUGGGCCAUCAGGACAGUCACGAAGACGCCCAGCAGGAACCUCCCGGCCCUGACUCCUGCCCUGUGCCAGAUGGGUCCAGGUUCAGCAUCGAUGAAGUCACGUUUCUGUAGAAGAGAGACUUUGGAAAGUUGGCCUCAGCUGUAUCAGAACAAGAAACUGGACAGAGUAGUGCAUGCUAAGUUGCUUCAGUCGUGUCUGACUCUUUGCAACCCUAUGGAUUAUCACCCACUAGGCUCGUUUGUCCAUAGGAUUCUCCAGGCAAGAAUACUGGAGUGGGUUGCCGUGCCCUCCACCAGGGGAUCUUCCCAACCUGGGGAAUGAACUCGAGUCUGCCUGUGUCUCCUGGAUUGCAGGUGGGUUCUUUACACACUGAGCCACCUGGGAAGCCCGGACAGAGAAGUAGGGCAAAAGCAAACCGAGGCCUGGACCUCGGAGCUUCAGAAGGGCACACCUGGACUCACUGGAGCUGCCCUCUCAACAGAGUAUUUGUAGAAGAAGCCCUGUGACGACCAAAAUAAUAGAAGAAACUUGAGAGCCCUGCUCAGAAACACGCUGCUGGGAGUGUUCCCAGUGCCCAAAGCCACCCUAACAAACAUACCCUCUCCUCUUCAGGAAGCACCAGACCCCUGAACCUCCUCCUCUGAGUUCCUACUCCCUCCUCUACUCCUUAUCUCCCCUUUUGGUGUCAAAGUGAGUUCAGCUUGGAAGAUUCCACCAUCCACUCCACCCUUGUGUAAGGAUGUCAGAGGUUCCUGGUGGAGGCCCUGUCCUGUGAGGUCAACCAGAGAGAGCCAAGUCAAAGAACCUAGGGGUCUGCCUUCUCUGGGACUCAGGAAAGGAAGGCAGGCCUACUGCCCUUCACUAACUGAGCGACAUCCCUUUGGCUGUCAGGUCCCCGGCCUUGCCAACUUCCAAGGGCCCUAAAAGCCCUAAGCACUACUUGCAUGUGUGCGUGCUAAGUCGCUUCAGUCAUGUUCAACUCUUUGCAACCGGAUGGACUAUAGCCCUCCAGGCUCCUCUGUCCCUGGGAUUGUCCAGGCAAGAAUACUAGAGUGGGUUGCCAAGCCCUCCUCUAGGAUAUCUUCCUGACCCAGGGAUCGAACCUGCACCUAUUACGUCUCCUGCAUUGGCAGGCAGAUUCUUUACUGCUGAUGCCACCUAGGAAGCCCACUUAUAGAUUCCCAAAUUGUUUUUGAAUCACCUCCACCAUCUUGGGGCAAGACUCUAUCUUACUUUCCAAGGAUGGAGUAGGGGAUAUUGGGGGUCUUUCAUUACCUCCCACUUUCUGUGUGCAUUGGCCUGUUGGAACCAGUCUAGAAUUUACCGCAGGACAUUUCCCAGAUCCAGAACCUUCCAGCUGGCAAUGAAAAGGAGCCCUGUGGAGGUUGUCUGGGGAAAGGAAGGAGUGGAGGUUCCUACAGAGGGAGGGACAUGGAGGUUGGGAAGAUGCAGGAGGCAGGGAAGGUAGAGCUGAGCCUCUCCGUGGCUCCUUGGACACCCUUGAACUUCACCUGACUUGUGCAGUCAAGAACAUGCAGACAGACAUUUGUGGAGGGACUUCUGGGUGCUUUACUCUGGGGAACACCUGAGUGCAACAAGUCAACCUUGGGGACUGCCCUCGGAGAUACCCCAGCACAAUCAAGGACUGAGAAAUAACAGAUGAAGAGGAAUAGAGGCUAAUGUGUGCAGAGGACUGGCCUCCGCUGGAAUUGGUAAGAGGCAGCUAUAAUGGUAAUAGUUGCUCCUUCUUGUGGGCCCAUUAUGUGCUGGGCUCCAGGCUCAUCUGUGGACCUACAGAUAUUAUAAUGUUUACUCCUCAUAUAGCCUGAGGAGGAGGAGGAGCCACUGUUAUCUCCAUUUACAUUUGGGGAUAUCAAGACUCCAGCACAACCCAGGUACUAAGUGGUAGAGUCAGGACUUGAACCUGGGACUGGCAGACUUCACAGUCUGAGAACCAUGUUGGGGGCUGGAUGGGUAGGUAAAGAUCUUGUUGGGCUGAUUUUUAGGUGUUGGAGUGACUGAUGUGAUGUUGGGGGAUCCUCAGGGGCAGAAUGGCUGGUACAGUGGGGGAGGGGAGGGGACUGUUUCCCCUUCACUCCCUUGGCUCUGUCAUCCUUGGGGGCAGUGGGUUGCUUCUGACAAAUGUGUGUCUGUGUAGAGUUUUUCUCCAUAGUAAUGCUAUACUCAGAAAUUCAUAUCGAGCAUUUGUGAUAAAAACAAAGAUGGGAGAGAGGGAAUAAGUCUUGGGUGGAAUGGAUGGAACUGGCAGAAAUAGGCUGUCUGGUCUCCCAGAUGGGGGCAACUUUGCCCCCACAGUGAUUGCCGCAGUGGAUCAGUUCUAACAAUGAUGGCAUGAAGUGUGGCAGGUGAGUAGCCAGCUGUGUUGUCCAAGGUCUCCAGAGUAUAUCCCAUCACCUCACACAAACUCUCCUCCCCCUUGUUCAGGGGAGUCUCAUCUGGGGACAUUUAUUCAGUGGCCCCUGCUUCUUUGAGUAGUCCCUUUGCCCAGGACACAGCUGUGUUUACUCCUUAUGGCAUCUCUGUGCUGGCUCAGGCUCCUCUCUGUCCCCCAAGCCACCCACUGGAGACAGGGCAUUGAACGGGCAGGUGAAGUGGGUUGCUUCCCAGCUCUAUGCCCUCAGCCUACAUUGUAAUGAUGGCCACUACCCCACUGCCCUGAACUAGUAUGAGGAGGCGUGUGAGGAACUGUGUGCAAGCAGAUUCGGACAUUGUUGAUAAUAAAGGGCAACUGCCUGUAUCAGAGUCUGGCCAGAAAAAGGUGGCAUACUCAAAUAAAUAACCUGGAGUGUUUAAAGAGGGGACUACUUAAGGACUUCCCUGUUAGUUCAGUGGUUAAGACUCUGUUCUUACACUGCAUGGGGGCUCAGGUUCAAUCCUGGGUCAGUGAACUAAAAUCCCACAUGCCAUGUGAUGCAGCCAAAACAUUUUUUUUUAAAUUUGUAAUUUAAAAAUUUUUAAUAAAAAUUAAAGGGGACUAUUUAGAAAGGGCAGGUAUAAGGAAACUACAAGUGAAAGGGAGCAUUCCAGGUAAGCAUCAGUGAGAUGCCAGUACCAUGGUCAGGCCUGAAGAGGGAUGGGGAGGAGGAAGUUAAUGAAACCUGUAGAUAGACAUGGUUACUGAAAGGGUACUAUAGGUCUAGAGAUGAAGAGAGCCCACAGUGACCUUGAAACUCCUGGGAGGGACGU